GGGACGGCUCCGCCUGCGCCGCCGUCUUUGGUGAGGGUUCGGCCCCGGCAUCUCGUGCUGCGGCAGCGCCGCCAUGUCGGGCGAGGGCAAAGCGGCGCCUCCCUGACGGAAAAGCAGAGAGUUAACCUGGAUGAAGAUUUUUUUGCAAAGACUGUGAUAAGUGUUCUUCAAUGUUCAGGAAGAACUUGGAGAAGGUGGGAAUCUGUACACUUUGGCCACCAUGUCUGGAAUUGGCAAUAAACGGAUGGCUGGAGAGCCUGGCCCUUCUGCACCUCCAGAGAAGAAGGCAGGGGUUGAAGAUUUGGGCACCACUGUGGAGACCAUUAAACUUGGUGGUGUUUCUUCAACGGAGGAGCUGGACAUCCGGACCCUGCAGACCAAAAACAGGAAGCUCGCAGAGAUGCUUGACCAGCGCCAGGCCAUAGAAGAUGAGCUGCGGGAGCACAUUGAGAAGCUGGAGCGUCGGCAGGCCACCGACGAUGCCUCUCUGCUGAUCAUCAACCGAUACUGGAAUCAGUUUGAUGAAAAUAUCCGUAUCAUCCUUAAACGCUUCGACCUGGACCAAGGGCUUGGAGACCUUUUGUCUGAAAGAAAAGCACUGGUGGUGCCAGAACCUGAACCAGACUCAGACAGUAAUCAGGAGCGCAAAGAUGAGAGGGAACGAGGGGAAGGACUGGAGCCAGCAUUCUCCUUCCUGGCCACUCUAGCCAGCAGCACCAGUGAGGAGAUAGAGUCUCAGCUACAGGAGCGUGUGGAGUCCUCCCGCCGGGCUGUUGCCCAGAUUGUGACAAUGUAUGACAAGCUGCAGGAGAAGCUGGAUGUGCUGUCUCACAAGCUGAAUAGUGGAGAUAUUUCACUGAUGGAAGAAGCAGUAGUGGAACUGAAUUCCUACCUGUCGCACGAGAAUGGACAGCUGCAGGAACUGGCUGACGUUCUUCAGGAGAAGCACAGAGUCAUGUCUCAGGAGUUCUCCAAGCUGCAAGAGAGGGUGGAGACAGCAGAAUCCCGGGUGUCUGUCCUGGAGACCAUGAUUGAUGACCUUCAGUGGGACAUUGACAAGAUCCGCAAGAGGGAGCAGAGACUCAACCGCCACCUGGCUGAUGUCCUGGAGCGAGUAAAUUCCAAAGGCUACAAGGUGUAUGGAGCUGGUAGCAGCCUCUAUGGAGGAACAAUCACCAUUAAUGCCCGUAAGUUUGAGGAGAUGAAUGCAGAGUUGGAAGAGAAUAAAGAGCUUGCUGGGAAUCGCCUUAAUGAAUUGGAAGAACUACGUCAGGAUCUUGAGGAAGUAACAGCACAGAAUGAAAAGCUCAAGGUUGAGCUGCGACGAGCAGUGGAAGAGGCUGUGAAGGAGACCCCGGAAUAUCGCUGCAUGCAGUCACAGUUUUCUGUUUUGUAUAAUGAGAGUCUCCAGCUGAAGGCACAUCUUGACGAGGCCCGCACACUGCUUCAUGGUACCCGUGCCACACACCAGCGUCAGGUGGAACUGAUCGAGAGAGAUGAGGUCAGCCUUCACAAGAAGCUGCGCACUGAGGUGAUUCAGCUGGAGGACACCCUGGCACAAGUCCGCAAAGAAUAUGAGAUGUUGAGGAUAGAGUUUGAACAGACGCUUGCUGCCAAUGAGCAAGCAGUUAGCUUGUUCUCCAUUUCCAUGGAAGUCCUCAAGAAGGUUGAUGGAAGUUUGGUUUGUUACAGAGGUGUUGCUGUUUUUGCAGGCCCAAUAAAUCGGGAGAUGCGUCACCUCAUCAGCAGCCUCCAGAAUCACAACCACCAGCUGAAGGGAGAGGUGUUGAGAUACAAGCGCAAACUGAGAGAGGCCCAGUCUGACCUGAGCAAGAUCCGCUCUCGCAGUGGCAGUGCUCUCCUCCAGUCCCAGUCCAGCACUGAAGACACAAAGGAGGAACCUACAGAGGUCAAGCAGGAGCCUGAUGAUCCUUCUGCCCAAGUGUCUGUUCCCAAGGCUGCUUCUGAAGAUAUUAAUGAAAUGAAAGCCAGGAGAGAUGAAGAGGAACGGGAGCGGGAGAGACGGGAAAGGGAGAGGGAACGAGAGAAGGAAAAGGAGAAGGAGAAAGAAAGAGAACGAGAAAAAGAGAAGGAGAAGGAAAAGGAACGAGAACGGGAAAAGCAGAAGCAGAAGGAAUCUGAGAAGGAGAGAGAAUCCAAAGAGAAGGAGAAAGGGAAGCAUGAAGAUGGAAGAAAGAAGGAGGCUGAAGUGAUCAAGCAGCUGAAGGCUGAGCUCAAGAAGGCCCAGGAAAGCCAGAAGGAGAUGAAACUGUUGCUAGAUAUGUACCGUUCUGCCCCUAAAGAGCAGAGAGACAAAGUGCAGCUGAUGGCAGCUGAGAAGAAGGCAAAAGCUGAGCUUGAAGAACUGAGGCAGAGGGUGAAAGAAUUGGAAGACAAGGAAAAAAAGGAGAGUAAAAAGAUGGCUGAUGAGGAUGCCCUCCGCAAGAUCCGAGCAGUGGAGGAACAGAUUGAAUAUUUACAGAAGAAACUUGCCAUGGCUAAGCAGGAGGAAGAGGCCCUGCUUUCAGAAAUGGAUGUCACAGGCCAAGCCUUUGAAGACAUGCAAGAGCAGAACAUCCGCCUGAUGCAGCAGCUGCGGGAGAAGGAUGAUGCCAACUUCAAGCUGAUGUCAGAACGUAUCAAGUCCAACCAGAUCCAUAAACUGCUAAAAGAGGAAAAGGAGGAGCUGGCAGACCAAGUUUUGACACUGAAAACACAGGUGGAUGCCCAGCUGCAGGUUGUACGUAAGCUGGAGGAGAAGGAACACCUACUGCAGAGCAGUAUUGGAACAGGAGAGAAGGAGUUGGGUCUGCGAACACAGGCCCUGGAAAUGAACAAACGCAAGGCCAUGGAUGCAGCCCAGCUUGCAGAUGAUCUGAAGGCCCAGCUAGAACUGGCUCAGAAGAAAUUACAUGAUUUUCAGGAGGAGAUUGUGGAAAACAGAGUAACUAGAGAGAAAGAGAUGUUCAACUUCAAAAGGGCUGAGGAAGAUAUUUCUAGGUUACGCAGGAAGCUGGAGACCACAAAGAAGCCUGACAUGGUUCCCAACUGUGAUGAGAUCCUGAUGGAGGAAAUCAAGGAUUACAAGGCCCGUCUGACUUGCCCAUGCUGCAACAUGCGCAAGAAGGAUGCGGUGCUCACCAAGUGCUUCCACGUCUUCUGCUUCGAGUGCGUGAAGACACGCUACGACACCCGGCAGCGCAAGUGCCCCAAGUGCAAUGCAGCCUUCGGGGCCAAUGACUUCCACAGGAUCUACAUCGGCUGAAGUGCUCCCAGAGGCUCUGCUGUGCUGAGCCAGCCUCCCUCCCUCUCUGGCAGCUUCUGCCACCUAAGUGCAGUGUCCUCUGAGAACUGUGUUCAGGCUCUUGGUGAAAACACACUCUGGAUCUUCCUUUCUUUCCUGGCCCUGUCCCUUUGGUCUUGCCCUCAGUUUUUGUGUGCUCUUUGUGCCCGAGAGGAAGUUUCCCAUCCCUUGCUUUCACACUGCCAAGGUGGGAACAUGCAACUGAAGUGCUGCCUUGGGAUGGAAGCUAGGCUGCAGCAGAGAUUAGUGAAAGCUUUAUUUGAGGGAUCUGCUUUGGAUGCUAAUUAAAUUUCAUCAGGGGAUGGCAUUACUCCUGGGAGGGAAGAGUUUCCCAGUUAGCAGGCUAAAUAGAGGCCAAGGGACUGAAUCUGUAGACUCACUGGAGCAUCUCCUUGUGUAUCUUCCUGAGUCAAGGCAAGAGCCCCUGCAGGCUCAUGCGCUAGGAAACAUCCUCCCUAGCUCCAGACAAAUACAUCUAAAUAUCCAGAGGAGGAGGAAGGAGAGGUCUUGGAGACCCUUAGAAAAUAGCGUUCCACUGAUGGGCCUUGGUUGAUGUUCUCACCUUCCCCUAGGCUGAGGCAUUGCUGUCAUUAUCCUUCUCAGAAAAGGAUUUUCAGCAGUUCCUUUGAUGCAACUUUACCACAAAGAUUAAUCUUGUUAUGCACAAAUUCGUAUUAAAGCUGUUGUUUUGUUUA